GAUUCUAUGACUAUGAUUCAAUGUUGAAUGUUGUCCACGAGGGAACGAAAGGAGGAAAGGGACUUCUGUACAAAGUUACAUUUGCCGGGCAAGUGUUUGCGUCAGCAUUUUCUCGUUGUCACACUAACUGAAAUAGAGAUAGAGAGCCAGGAGGUGGCAUCAUCACUCACAUAAGGUUCGGUAUAAAUAACGCAUCUCGCUGCGUCUGAUAGAUCUUCGUCCCCGCCCGAGAUGAUGCGCUGGAGUUUAGUAUCGGCGCAGCUUGUGGCGGUUCUGGCCUUGGGGACGCGCCCAGGCUCCGGGAUUGAACCCAUCGGUUUCUGCCCAUGUUCAUCCCUGGAACUGUGCAGGCAUCUGCCCGAGAGAUAUCAGUAUCGAGUCGAGGCUGUUGUCUUUGAUAAUACAGGACCUGAAUGGAAACAUUACGACUGGUCGAAGAUUACGACAAUUGUGGUUACACAUGGUCAUCCCUCUGAACUUCUGUGUCAUGCUCAUGCAAAUGGGGUUCGGGUUGUCUGGAAAGUUAAUGUGGAACGGAAUAUUUUGGGAGAUGUAUCUCAACGAAAUGAAUGGAUUAAUCAGAAUUUGAUUUUCACAAAGCGUCAGUUUCUGGACGGACUGCAUCUGGAACUAUCCGAGCAUGCUUCAAAUGUUCAAGGACUGCACAAGCUUGUCGUACUGGUUAAAAAUGUCUUCAGAAAGAAAUUAUCUGGAUCUCAGGUCUCAUUGAGUAUUCCUUGGACUCCAGACUGUACAGGUGGUGAGUGCUAUGAUUACACAUCGUUAGCACAGUCCUGUGACUUUUUAUAUGUGAGGGCCUAUGACAUGCAACGUGAAAUGAGGGACGAUUGCUUUGCGAAAGCAAAUGCUCCCUAUGAUGAGACAUUAUCAGGUCUAUCUUAUUAUAUCAAGCUGGGUGUGGAUCCCAAAAAGCUUGUACUUGGACUCCCAUGGUUUGGUUAUGACUACUCUUGUGACCAUUUCUAUGAGCCUGGAAGAUGCAAAUUGAAAGUAUUUCCUUUUGAAAGUGUUUCGUGCAGCUCUCCAGUUGUAGAGCAGGUGGAAUACAAACAGAUCAUGCAGAUGUUGCCCAGAUCAAUCACUGGCAGAUACUGGGAUGAUAACUACAAAUCCCCGUAUUUUGUUUACAAGGAUAAAGAUACUUACCAUGAGGUCUGGUAUGAUGACCCAGAGAGUCUUUCAUUAAAGUCAUCUAUUGUGAAGAAAUUAAAACUUGGUGGUAUCGGGGCCUGGUUUGGAAAUAGCCUAAACUACAGCGCGAAUCCGACAGCAGCAAUGCAAACCGAAGACAUGUGGAAUGCUCUCUGCCCGAUCAGAUUAAAAUGGAGAACUUGAACCAUUAAUCUUCACACAAUUUAAAUCUUAGUGAGCUAGUUUCCAACAUUUAAAAAAAAUGAAAUAAAGUAAUGUAGAUGUAAGGAACAGAUUAUACACCUUAUGUAAAUAGUUUAGUUUUGCAAAGGUGUCAUGCAAGAAGAUGGAAAAAAAAUGAGGAACUCUAACAUGAGAAGACCUCAGUGCACUUGAUCAAUUAUUGAAAUGAAGAAUGUCCCUCUCUUUACAGAUAGCAGUAUGUCAUCACUGCUAAAAUUCAAGUGGAAUUGUAUCCGAUAAUUAGUACUAUCCUUAAAAUCAGGACUUGUGAUCUUCAGAUAACCAAGUGUGGAGCUGGAUGAACGCAGCAGGCCAAGCAGCAUCUCGGGAGCACAAAAGCUGAUGUUUCGGGCCUAGACCCUUCAGUAGAGCAUCUUGUGAUCUUCAGAAUUUUGUUUACCCCAUCUAUAUUCUUCUUCCAUCCAUAAUCUGUCAAACCAUCUAUCUUUGUCUGUUUUAAUUGUGAAUGAGGCAAUUUGGAUUUUUGCAGCGGUAUAGUUCAAGUUAUGUGGCAGCAGUUUAGGAACCUUUUCUUUCCUCUGCCAUUUGUUGAAAUCAUGUGCCGCAAUAAAUAUUUCCUGUAAAUGAUGUAACCCGUUAUGAUCUCGCUUCAUUGAC